GGAGGAAUCUUUGGUUACAUCAAUUUAAUCAAUAAUUAAUACUAAUAAUUUGAUUCCAUCUCCUUGGCUACCAACGGUUUAGAGAGUGAAAAUCAAACAAGCGAAGAACAUAACAAAUUUGUUUGUUUUCAGAGGAAGAGAGUGAGAGAGAUGAGUGCAGAAGGAGUUGGUAAAUUAGUGUGUGUAACAGGUGCAUCAGGUUAUGUAGCUUCGUGGUUAGUGAAACUAUUGUUAGAACGAGGAUACACAGUCAGAGCAACAAUUCGUAAUCCAAGUAAGUCUGUGAUCCGAAAGAAGACGGAACACUUACGUGCACUAAGUGGAGCAAGCGAGAGACUUCAUUUCUUUAAAGCAGAUUUACUUGAAGAAGGUUCAUUUGAUUCUGUUGUUGAUGGUUGUGAAGGUGUUUUCCAUACCGCUUCUCCCAUCAUCAAUGAAGUCAAAGAUCCACAGGCUGAACUAAUCGAACCUGCGGUCAAAGGAACUCUUAACGUUCUUGGUUCUUGCGAAAAAACUCCAUCUGUCAAAAGAGUCAUUCUAACGUCAUCCCUUGCUGCCGUGGUUGUCAAUGAAAGACCAAAAGUUCCUGGGGUUAUAGUGGAUGAAACUUGGUUUUCUGAUCCAGAUUUCUGUGAGAAAAUUGAGCUUUGGUACGUAGUCUCAAAGACCUUAGCUGAAAAGGCUGCUUGGGAAUUCGCAAAAGAAAACGGGAUUGAUAUGGUAGCUAUCAAUCCAGGAAUGGUAAUGGGUCCUCUUUUACAGCCAACGCUUAACACAAGUGCUGAAGUCAUUUCUAGCUUGAUCAAUGGAUCACAAACAUUUCCAAAUUUAGUUUUUGGAUGGGUUGAUGUCAGAGAUGUUGCCAAAGCACAUGUUCUCGCGUAUGAGGUUCAUUCAGCCAGUGGAAGACAUUGCUUGGCCGAAAAAGUGAUGCAUUUCUCAGAGAUUGUGAAGAUUUUACACGAUCUUUACCCUGAUGUUAAGCUGCCUGAAAAGUGUGCAGAUGACAAUCCUUUGACGCCAACUUAUGAAGUGUCCAUCGAGAAAGUAAAAAGUUUAGGUGUAGAUCUGAUUCCUGUAGAGGUGAGCCUCAAGGAAACAGUUGAAAGCUUGAAAGAAAAGAAAUUUCUCAGCAUUUAAAUUUUUGUUGUCCUCACUGCAAUUUUCAUUAUGUCAAAAACUAAUGUCAGACGCAUGCUAGGUUUUAAGGUUUCAAUAACGUUCUAUGUUAUGGUUAUUAUUAACCUAGCAUUUUUAGGGGCCACUUUUGUUAUUCCCAUCUAUUGAAGAGUGUUAAGGGGUGUCUUGAAAAUAGAAAUUGUCUAUGUUGUCCUUCACCUUUAUCCUAAAUCUAAACCUAUAUCUUUUAAUUUCA